ACGGUACGUUCGUCAUGUGACCUGUCAUACUAGUCAACAGUAGUUCAACAUGGCGGCGGCUUCGUCUGUGUUCCACAGAGUGAGAACUGGGUCCAAAAUAGGAGCCCAGUACGACCAGGACGGGAACCUCAUCCAGGUGGAAACCAGGGAGGAUGAAGAGCAGAGCAUCAAGCUGGCUGAGAUCCUGGAGCUCCUGCUGGCUGCUGGAUAUUUCAGAGCCCGGAUUAAAGGACUGUCCCCCUUCGACAAGGUGGUCGGCGGGAUGACCUGGUGCAUCACCACCUGUAACUUCGACAUCGACGUGGAUCUGCUGUUCCAAGAAAACUCGACUAUUGGUCAGAAGAUAGCUCUGACCGAGAAAAUAGUGUCUGUGUUACCCAAGAUGAAGUGUCCUCAUCGGCUGGAACCCCAUCAGAUCCAAGGGCUGGAUUUCAUCCACAUUUUCCCAGUGAUACAGUGGCUGGUGAAGAGAGCCAUCGAGACGAGGGAGGAGAUGGGCGACUACGUGAGAGCGUACUCUGUUUCUCAGUUCAACAAGACACACAGUCUCCCUGAGGAUGAAGAGUUCAACCAGAGGAAAGACAAGGCUGUGAAGGCCGUCCUCGAUGUGUUGGAGGUUUACAAACCUCAGAGGAGGUACAGGAGGCAGAGAGACGCAGGAGAGCUGCUGGACGAGGAGUCCAGAGUUCACUCCACGCUGCUGGAGUACGGCAGGCGCUACGGGUUCAGCAAACAGGCCAAACAAGACCAGGUGGAUGAGAGGAAGGCUCUGCUGGCCGGCGGCUCUCAGUCGGCUCCUCCAGGGAUGGCUGAGGUCUCGGAGGAAGCCGACCUGCAGGCAGCCGAGGAGCUGAGGAUAAAGACUCUGAUGACCAGCAUGGCGGCCAUGGCGAGUGAAGAGGGGAAGCUGACGGCAAGCGCGGUGGGUCAGAUCGUUGGACUGCAGUCUGAAGAAAUCAAACAGAUCGCUUCAGAGUACGCCGAGAAGCAGUCGGAGCUCUCCUCAGAGGAGCGAUUGGAGCGUUACGGCCCGCUGCAGCAGCACCGCCGAGCUGUGGCUUCUCUCAGCAAGCAGAUCGAGCAGAAGACCAAACAGCUGGAGGAGCUACAAACAAAGCACGCUGAGGUGAAGGCCAGCUCGGACGAGGCUAAGAGGACUCUAUUGGAGGCUACAGAGCAGUCUGAGAAUCUGCAGAAGGAGCUGAAGUCAUUGGAGGAGAUGGAGGAGCAGGCUGACAGCAGCCUCCUAGAGAAGCUGAGAGCUCUGGUGGCGAUGAACGAGAACCUGAAGCAGCAGGAGCAGGAGUUCCGCACACACUGCAGAGAGGAGAUGGUCCGUCUGCAGGAGAACAUCGAGGAGUUGAAGACGGCGUCUGGACAGGACACCGAGGAGGAGAAGGAGAGGAACCAGCUGAUAGACAAACAGUACGACACAGACAGAGAGAAACUGCAGAAGAUCCGCCUGGUCAUGGCUCGCAGGAACCGUGAGAUCGCCAUCAUGCAGAGGAAGAUCGACGAGGUGCCAAGCCGGGCAGAGCUGACUCAGUACCAGAAGAGAUUCAUCGAACUUUACAGCCAGGUUUCUGCAACGCACAAAGAGACCAAGCAGUUCUUUACGCUCUACAACACGUUAGAUGACAAGAAGGUUUACCUGGAGAAGGAGGUGAAUCUGCUCAACUCCAUCCAUGACAACUUCCAGCAGGCAAUGUCGUCGACAGCAGCGAAGGAGCAGUUCCUCAGACAGAUGGAGCAGAUCGUGGAGGGGAUCAAACAGAGCCGCAUCAAGAUGGAGAAGAAGAAGCAGGAGAACAAAAUGAGGAGAGACCAGCUGAACGACGAGUACCUGGAGCUCCUCGACAAACAAAGACUCUACUUCAAAACCGUCAAAGACUUCAAAGAGGAGUGCCGGAAGAACGAGAUGCUGCUGUCUAAGCUGAGAGCUAAAGGAGCCUCUUAGCCUCUGUAAGACCUGAUCACUGUAAACCUGUACGAGCAGACUGAUCACAGAUCCAUUCCUCCACGUGCUUCAUCAUUCUCGCCUUUUUAAUCAGCACUCACAUUUGCACUGAACUCUGUACGUUUGCCAAAAGAUGCUGAGUGGAGAUCAGUAGUCAGUCAGCUUCUCUAUUUUCUUUGUGCCUCUGAUGUCUGAAUCACCUCAUGUCUUAAAUCUGUCUCCUCUCAUCCAUCAUGUACGAGCAGUAUUAAAUAAAUCUUUGUAUUAACCCUUUAAA